AUGGUUCAGAUCAAGACCCUCCUGGCCCUGCUACCCCUCUUCGUCUCCGUCUCGGUGGCCUCCCCCUCCGCCCGGAAGAACGUCGAAAAGCGCGAGAGCUGUGACUACACCUGCGGCAGCACCUGCUACUGGGCCAGCGACGUGAGUGCCGCCCAGGCCGAGGGGUACUCGCUGUACCAAUCGGGAGAGACCAUCCACGACUACCCGCACGAGUACCACGACUAUGAGGGCUUCGACUUCCCGGUGUCCGGCACCUACUACGAGUACCCGAUUCUGAGCGACUUUGAGGUGUAUGACGGGGGCUCGCCCGGCGCCGAUCGGGUGAUUUUCAACGGCAAUGAUGAAUUGGCGGGUCUGAUCACGCACACGGGCGCCAGUGGGGAUGACUUUGUGGCCUGCACGUCUUCCUAG